UUUUGUUCAUGCUCCUGUGUGAGAGAGUGGAAAAAGAGUUGCUUCUUUUUCCUCGCUCUAAAGGUCACCUUUGACCUGAUGUCAUUUUUUUCUUUGUUUUCAUAGCCAAAACAUGUCAAUCAUUUCUCAAAAACAGUUUAUGGCAGCAAGGUAAAAAAAAAUAAAUAAAAAAAAGUCCUGACAGAGCAAAAAACAACAACAACAAAGACAAGCCUCCACUACUGCAACCAAGAUUUUAUAUUCACAACAAAAAGUCAUGCAAAAUUGUAGAAAAAAAAACGUUUUUUUUUUGUUACACUUGAAAACGUUUCUCCUAUGCGUCCUAUGAAGACAAUUUAUCCUGAAAAAAAUAGUAAGCUUUAUUGGUGAGAUUGCCACAUUUUUUGAGAGUGAGGUUGCACUUGGUCUUAAAAUCCAACUUUAAAAAAAAUGCUAUUUACUAUGUAAAGUGUAGUUAAAUAUUCAUAAUAAUUCAUCUGUAAAUAUUGUUGCAUUCUUAUCAGGGCCGUCAAACGAUUAAAAUAUUUAAUCGCGAUUAAUCACACUUUUGUCCAUAGUUAACCCAUAAUUAAUCGCAGCUAGAAAGAAGCAUUUCCUCACGCUACGGUGUGGUCAAACAGAAUGUGCGCGCAUCCAAAAAAAUAGUGGCGUUACAUAAAACUUACAGCGUUAACUUUGACAGCCCGAAUAUACACAGCAGCUGCUCUUACCUUGCUUGGUAAUAUUCAAAUUUUGUUCAUGUAACGGUUAAACAUUUUGUACAAUUUCCUCCUAAAACCUCCUGCUAACAUGCUAAUGUCGUUUGUCUCCAGUAGCAACAGAGGGGGCGCUAUGGAGGCUGACAAAGAGGAAGACGGCGUGGAUGCUGAAACCUUCCAGGCCGACAAGAGGAAGAUGAUCCAGCCAGCGUCCUUGAAAGACCCCAAACUGGACAAGCUGAAGGAGGCUCUGCUGGAUUGGAUCAAUAGUACUCUGAAAGCAGAACACAUCGUGGUCCGAAGUCUGGAGGAGGACCUCUACGACGGCCUGGUCCUUCAUCACCUGCUGGCCAGGCUGGCCGGAGUGCACUUGUCCUUGGAAGAGAUCGCACUGACCGCCUCGGCUCAGAUCCGCAAGCUGGAAGUGGUCCUGGAAGAGUUGGACCAGAGACUGGGCCAGCAGGACACAAAGUGGGACGUCAGCCCUGGAUCUGCUCUUUGCUUUGCACCAAAUUGUGAAGCAUUACUGAGGAGCUCAAAUGUUGGCUGCAAACAAGUCGAGCAUCUUGACGUCAUACACAAAAAAGACCUUCUGGCUACUCUUCACCUGCUGGUCGCCAUGGUGAGACGUUUCCAGCCUGAAGUGGAGCUGCCCACUGAUGUGAAGGUUCAAGUUGCGGUCGUGGAAGUGAGCAGGAGAGGAAUCAGAUCAGACGUUCAAACGGAAGUCCUAACUGAGGCCAGUGGAGCCAACUCAGAAGCCCUCAGCACCACUGAGAGAGAUGAUCCCAUGGAGCAUCUGCUGAAGCUGGAGGCUCACGAGGUCACGGCGGUGAAGCAGGCCAUCCUUCACUUUGUAAACAAGACCAUGGCCAGCGUGGGUCUGCAGGUGUCGGAUUUGGACAAUCAGUUUUCUGAUGGCGUCAUUCUGCUGCUGCUGAUUGGACAACUGGAAGGUUUCUUCAUUCCUCUCUCUGACUUCAGUCUGAUCCCCGUCAGCCAUGAAGAGAUGCUGCACAAUGUGAGCUUGGCCUUGAGCCUCCUGAGAGAUUUGGGCCUACGGGUGUCCACGGUUGAAGCACACGACGUGGUCUCUCAGGAUGUGGCUGCCACCCUGAAGGUCCUCUACGCGCUCUUCAGGAAGCAUGGAUGCUCCUAAAGCCAGCAGGAAGUGGAAGGACGAGCAUCUGGCCAAUGUGGCUAAGUUAGUUCCACUCCAGUCCUGCAGGUGGCAGUAAUGUGCACGUAUUUGGGAAAAUAAUUGACUCAUACCAAAAAAUGUGAAGAAAUGUUAGCUGUGUUCUUCUUGUUUUUGGAUUUUCCAUAGAUCAUAGAUGUAAUUACAAAAAUAAUGAAUUAAUCAUGAAUUACAAAUAAACGUCAUUUGAAAUUUAAAUAAAGUAAUAAACAAGGAAU